AUGGAUGAAACCUUUAUUAGUCUGAAGAAGUUCCUUCUUGGAAUGAAAUGCGUCACUAAAUAUGUUUUCCUUUUGCUUUUUUCUUACCCACUAUUAUACGGAUAUCUAUCUAUCUAUCUAUCUAUCUAUCUAUCUAAAUCAACACUCAGAGAAUGCGAACGCCAGUAUAUUUUUGGUGACAUGCGUUGUCAGUGGUGGCUCGGGCCCUCACGUGAGGGGUGGGUGUAUGACAAGUCGGUUCGGAUAUGCCGUCAGGUGCCGUUUCACACGUGUCCCAAAUACGAGAACAGAAUGACGGAAGUAACUUUUAUCUCAAAGUCAAAAUGCGAAAGGAAAUGUAUAAGGUGUGACACGAAGGUGAUAUAUGCUGAUAUGCGUUGUGAAUCAUUCGAAGGGGAUUUCAAACACAUUUGGUAUUAUGACAAUCGCAUCAACGAAUGUCGAAGUACUAUAUUCUACACAUGUUCCAAAUAUCAACAUAGAGUUGCGGAGGUAGCCUUCGUGCGUCGAACGGACUGUGAAAGUUUUUGCCAGCAAGGUUCAUUUAUACCUCUUGUAAACAAAGAACCAUACGGAGUUCGGAUCCAUUUUUACAUUACAAUGCUGCAGAUAAUUUUGGCUGCUACAGAAGUGACCUCUGCCACUAUAAAACAGACCGGUUCUCAGAUGCUACCUUUAAAUCAUAGAGAUUCAUUUCCACAGACAACAAUGCAAACAGUCCAAUGCCAGUCCUUGACAUUUAACCCAUGCCGAUCACUCGGUUACACACAGACAUUCCAGCCAAAUUUAUUCGGAGAUGGAAAUCAGUUUGCAGCACAACGCCGGUUUCGGACAUUCGUAGAACCCCUACUAGACAGAGGUUGUUCCAAAAGCGUCAUGGAAUUUUAUUGUACUUUAAUAUUCCCAAAUUGUAUACAAGGUAUUCCAAAGUAUCCUUGCAAAAGUGUGUGUCUUGAUGUGCGGAGAGGGUGCGGUGAGACAAUCACUCACGAAUUCUGCGAUCAUCUCGUAGAUGACGAACUGCUGUGUUUCCAUUUGGGUCAAUUUUUAACUAAUAAAUUCCUUCCAUUCUUUCUUUACCUACUUUUCUCAUUCUUUUUUACCUUUUCUUUCACUUCUUCCGUUUCAUCUUUUAUUUUGUUUUACUGCUUUCAUAUCGUUCCUACACGCACAUACACAUAUACAUAUAUAUGCUGCUUUUAUACUUCCCGUAUUCUUUGUAUUAAAUCUCUCUCUCUCUCUCUCUCUCUCUCUCUCUCUCUCUCUCUCUCUCUCUCUCUCUCUCUCUCUCUCUCACUCAUUUUCUUUCCUUUUGUCGCACCGUGGUCUUUUGAUUUGGCACUACAGAUGACCAGCAAAUGA